GCCGAAGGGACUUUCCUCACCUCCUCCAGCAACAGUUCCCGACUUCUCCGGGCUGUUUCGUAUCUGGAAUUCAUUUCCUCCUCCCGGUGUAUCCCUUUCGCUCUCCCGGGGCCAUGGGAAAGAGAUGCCGGGCAGGGCAGGGCGCGAUCGCGGCUCUCCUCUGCGCCUGGAGUGUGGUCCUGCUGGCCAAGGCAGAGCGGCAGUUCGUCAACGAAUGGGCAGCCGAGAUCCCGGGGGGUCUAGAAGCAGCCCGGCUCAUAGCAGACGAACUGGACUACGAACUUCUGGGACAGAUUGGGUUACUAGAAGAUCAUUAUCUACUUAGACAUAAGAAUCACCCUAGAAGAUCUCGACGAAGUGCUUCUCAUAUCACUAGGCAACUCACAGAUGAUGAUCGUGUGACUUGGGCAGAACAACAGUAUGAAAAAAAGCGAACUAAGCGUUCUGAAUUAGGAGACUCAGCAGAAAAUCUAUUUAAUGACCCAAUGUGGAGCCAGCAAUGGUAUCUGCAAGAUACAAGAAUCAACCGAUCUUUGCGCAAAUUGGAUCUCCAUGUCCUUCCAGUGUGGCAAAAGGGCAUCACAGGCAAAGGGGUUGUCAUAACAGUGCUUGAUGAUGGCUUGGAGUGGAAUCACACAGACAUUUACUUUAACUAUGAUCCUGAUGCAAGUUAUGAUUUCAAUGACAAUGAUCACGAUCCAUUUCCCAGAUAUGAUCCUACAAAUGAAAAUAAACAUGGAACACGAUGUGCGGGAGAGAUUGCCAUGCAAGCAAACAACCUAAAAUGUGGAGUUGGAGUGGCAUACAAUUCCAAAGUUGGAGGGAUCAGAAUGCUGGAUGGCAUAGUCACAGAUGCCAUUGAAGCUAGUUCAAUUGGGUUCAAUCCUGAUCACGUGGAUAUUUAUAGUGCCAGCUGGGGUCCAAAUGAUGAUGGGAAAACUGUUGAGGGGCCUGGCAGACUAGCACAAAAGGCUUUCGAAUAUGGAAUUAAAAAGGGAAGAAAAGGGAAAGGUUCCCUUUUUGUCUGGGCUUCAGGAAACGGUGGCCGUCAAGGAGAUAACUGUGACUGUGAUGGUUACACAGACAGCAUCUACACAAUCUCCAUCAGCAGUGCUUCACAGCAAGGCCAUUCUCCUUGGUAUGCAGAGAAGUGUUCCUCAACACUGGCCACAGCAUACAGCAGUGGGGACUAUUCUGACCAAAAAAUUAUAAGUGCGGAUCUACACAAUGAAUGUACAGCCACUCACACGGGGACCUCUGCUUCUGCUCCUUUAGCUGCAGGGAUUUUUGCUCUAGCUCUAGAAGCCAAUCCUAAUCUUACCUGGAGGGAUAUGCAACAUUUGGUAGUCUGGACAUCUGAAUUCGAUCCACUGGCCAACAAUCCAGGAUGGAAGAAGAACGGAGCUGGACUGAUGGUGAACAGCCGAUUUGGAUUUGGAUUACUCAAUGCUAAAGCACUGGUAGAUUUGGCUGAUCCCAAAAGCUGGAAAGGAGUGCCAGAGAAGAAAGAAUGCAUAGUUAAAGACAAUGACUUUCAGCCGAGGUUAUUAAAAGCUAGUGGUGAAGUUACCAUUGAAAUUCCUACCACAGCUUGUGAAGGUCAAGAAAAUGCCAUUAAAUCCUUGGAACAUGUACAGUUUGAAGCAACAAUUGAAUAUUCCCGUAGGGGUGACCUUCACGUGACUCUGACUUCCCCAUCAGGGACCAAAACAGUCUUACUGGCUGAACGGCAAAGAGAUAAAUCACCUUAUGGUUUUAAGGACUGGGAUUUUAUGUCUGUUCACACCUGGGGUGAGGAUCCAACAGGAACCUGGAUUUUAAAAAUAGUUGAUAUGUCUAAAAGAAUGCAAAAUGAAGGCAGAAUUGUAAACUGGAAAUUGAUUCUGCAUGGCACUUCCACAAGACCUGAACAUAUGAAGCAACCUCGCAUCUAUACAUCAUACAACACUGUCCAAAAUGACAGGAGAGGGGUGGAAAAGAUGAUAGACUCCAUGGAGGACCAUACGACUCAAGACAAAUACAAAGUGAGAGGAAGCACUAGGAGCAAACAGCAAAACCAAGAUGUGGCUCCCUCUGAUGCAAUGCUCCGUCUACUUCAAAAUGCAUUCCAUAGUCAGUUGGUUGGGAAUCAUUUACCAAAGAAGAUGCUAAAUGAAAACACGGAUAUUCCAUAUGAACAUUUCUAUCAAGCUCUCGAGAAACUAAACCAAGGCCCUGAGCUGAGACACUCAGAGGAGUCUCUAUAUAGUGACUAUGUUGACCUUUUUUACAAUUCAAAAUCAUAUAAGCACAGGGAUGACAGACUACUACAAGCUUUGAUUGAUAUUCUAAAUGAGGAAAAUUAAAAACAGUCCUUGGCAGAAAACUAGAUUGGAAAUAUUCACAUCUCCAUUGCACUCCUAAUUUCAAGUAAUUGGCAUCUUUCCAUGAGUACAAUUGGUAUUAUUCUAUAUUUAUCAAUUGCCUCAAGAAUAAGCAAAACAAAAAGUUGGAUAGAUAUGAAAUGGCAACCAAUUUAUUCAAAGCAAUCUAUAAUCUUUUCAAAUAGGCAGCCUCCUUCAGGAAUGAGUAAAACCAGUUUCUCAAGGAAGUAGCACAAUGUCACUGCAACAGUUGUGUUUAUUACCCUUUCUGUACAAACUAUAAAUAUUUUAGAUUUUAUUACUGCUCACCUAUCUCAAAAUGUAACAUUGUUUGGAAUACUAGGAGACUUGUCUGUCUUUCUAAUAUGGUCCCUGGGCACAAAAUAGCCCCUCUCUUUAGUGGCUCUCAUCUCAGUUUUGAAACUAGAAAGUCACACCCAUGUUUUAGGUAUAUCAUAUAUUUAAUUGAAAGGGGCCCAAGCUAAAUGUGCAACCAAUAGUAUUUCAGGUAGAAGAAAACUUGGAAUAUAUAUAUCUUCCCACUGAUUUAGAGUGCACCAUCCUAUGCAUGUUUACUAGAAGUAAAUCCCAUUGAUUUCAGUGGAUCUGAUACUCAGAGAAAUAUGCAUAGGAUUACAACUCUAUUGAAUUCAUGGGGAAGACUUGCAGAAAAAACAAGGCAGUAUCCUCACAAUACCCUGCCAAUUUCUUUCAGCCCAAAUAUUGAAAUGUAAUUUACCUUAUAUCCAGUUUUUAGUUUCUUUUCCCUCACAGCUU